AUGUCCGAAAUUGGCCCGACUUCAAAGCCGGAAGUUGGCACGACUUCAAAGCCGGAAGUUGACCCCACUUCAAAGCCGGAAGUUGACCCGACUUCAAAGCCGGAAGUUGGCACGACUUUGAUACCUCAAAUUGGUAAUACAGCUUCAAGGCCGGAACUUGCCACGACUCCAAUGCCAGAAUUAAGAACCACGCCAACUUCAGUGAUGGGGACCACACGGCUACCUGGACCUGAAUCAUUGCAAUCAUCCGUCGCAUUUCCUUACGAAAAAAUUAUGCAAUUUCCUUCAACAACGGUUCAACCAGAAACUCGACACACAUCUCCGAUUAAUUCAGGGUCAGAAAAUAUAUUAAACGAGGAAUCACAUCGACCUCAGGACACCACAAUAACUAAUUCCGUGAUAGAAACCUCUGCUCAUGAACAAGUAACACAACCAGCGGGUAUUACGCAAACCAAAGAAACGAUGCAGCAAAUUACAGUAAGCUCUGCCAGUGAUGCUAUGCGACCAGAAGGGAGAACAUUUGUCACACAACAGUCAGUUAUCACGGUUACAAGCCAAUCCAAUGCAGCAGAAAAUAAGACAGCGACAACGUCAGGAGGGGCUAAUGAUUUGACUACUGCGAAUUCAACAGCUACAGUCAUUACAAAUCUCACACGGACAGAUGAUAGUUCUCUAGCUACAGAAACAUCCAUCAAACCUUUGCAAACCCUACCUGCAAACGGAAAUGAGCAAAAAAACUCAUUAAAUUCACAACCGGGAGGCAUAGUUGAUGCACAUUCUCAGUAUUUUAAAGCUACGGAAAAAUCCACAAAAUCAACUACAAAAUAUAAAUUUCGACAUGGCGUCAAUGCACCUUCGUCCGCGAUCGUCGAAAAUUCAUCACAAUUUUCUGCAGACGCAUUACCCACAAACUUGCACCCAACCAGUGCACAAAAUCCUAACCCAUUGAUUGCUGAUAGCUCAAAUGCAACGAGUACAGCUACAAAUUCUGCAAUUAUUGCAUCUGCUAAGGAAGAUCAGAUAAGUUCAUCAACAACCACGAAGUUUCAACCUACUGUAAAAUUUACCCCGAUAAAUCCUCCCCCGAGUCCUGAAACGAUUCAUCAAAGUACAACAGUGACCACAAGUACACUUGUGAAAGAUCAAAUAGAAAGUAAAGAAAAUCAGCCCCAACAAUUGCCAAGCGCAACAAAAGAUUCCAAUCUCUCCAAUUACCAAUCUUCACCGAAAAUAAACUCGGAUUCUGGAACACAAACUAAAGAACCUCUUGAAACGGACAGUAUUGCAUUACUCAGAUAG